CACUCGACAGGAGAGGGUUCAACUGCAACAUCCAAGCUGCGCCAGGCACCAGCACCUCGCACACUUUCAUGUCAACCAUGCCGCACCACGAUUGAGAAUCUCGCUUCAGGAGCUAGUGGUGGGAGACAGGACUGGGAGGACGUUUUCGGCGCCGAUGAAUGCUGUGCACACACUGACGCUGCGCCGCAUUAAGAGCGCUAACUACCGCUAGAUUUUCUGUCUGUUUUGUUUAGCAUUCUAACACACCGUUUACAUUCCAGCUCCUCGGCCCUCGAAACCUCGUCUCACCGGGUCCAAGUUUCACAUAGUUCAGCGGGCGGCGAUGGGCCCGCUGACGGGCGUCGGGUGCUUCGCCAUGCGCGCGGGCGCGCGGUCGGGCUACAGCAGCCAGGCGGGGCGCGCGGGGAAUGCGGCGGACGAGGCGGAGGUGUCCAAGUGGUCGUCGCUGCCGCCCGAGCUGCUGCGCGAGGUGAUCGCGCGCCUCGAGGACGACGACCGCGACUGGCCGCAGCGGCGCAGCGUCGUGGCGUGCGCCGGCGUGUGCAAGGCGUGGCGCGACAUGACUCGCGACCUGCUGCAGUCGGUGGGAUCGUUCGAGGGCGGCCAGAUCUCGUUCCCCGACGAGCUGCGGCGCGCGGGCCCGCGGGAGCGCAGCGUGGAGUGCUUCAUCCGACGCAGCCGCAAGACGGGCACCUUCACGCUCUUCCUCGGCGUGCCGCCCGCGCCCACGGAGACCGGCAAGUUCCUCAUGGCGGCGCGCAAGUGCGGCUGGCGCCCCUCCAGCAUGGAGUACAUUGUGUCGUUGGAUCCGCGCGACUUCUCGCGCUCGCGCUCGUCCUUCGUGGGUCGCCUGCGCGCCAACUUCCUCUCCACUCGCUUCGCCAUCUACGAGUCGCCCAACGAGCCGGUGAACCCGGUGUGUUCGCCGCCCAUCGCCAGCAGCAAGGUGCAUCCGGGCUACAGCCCUCUCCUCGCGCCCUCGCCCGCGCCCGCCGCUCCCCCGCCGCCCGCCGAUGCCUCCGCCAGCAGCAGCAGCGGCGGUAGCAGCAGCGGGCGGUGGGUGACGGCGAGCGCGUCGUCGCUGGCCACCAAGAGCUCCGACUCCGCGCCCGCCUCCCACGCCCAUGCCGCCGCCUCCUCCUCGUCCUCGUCCGCGUCGUCGUCGUCCGCGCUGCGCCCCUCGUUCCUCUCGUCGUCCUUCGACGCCAGCAACGGCGGUCUCUCCGCGCUCCUCUCCUCCCCCUCCGCCUCCUGCGCGUCCGCCGCCUGCCACAAGCCGUCCGCCGCCACGCUCUCCCCAUGCCUCUCCCCCGCGCCCUCCGCGCUGCCCCUGGACGGCCCCGUCGUGUCCGUGGCGUACGCGCUCAACGUGCUGGGCGCGCGCGGGCCCCGGCGCAUCCUCUGCACGCUGCACCACGUGCCAGCUGGCGCCACGGGAUUGGGCGGGGAGAGCGAGGGGCCGGGAAAGAAUGGCAGCGAGUCGUCGGCGUCUGCCUCGGGCAUGGCGGCGAGCGCGGGGGGCGGCGGGGUGGACAUCUCGCUGGACGGCGGGCUGGUGGGCGCCGCCGCGGAGUCGGUGGCGAGCCAAGGCUUGGCGGGGCUGUCGCCGCCGCCCCUCUCGCUGGGGGAAAGCGCCACCCCCUCGCUUUCGCUCCCCGCCCAACGCUCACUCGCCUCCCCCGCUUUCUCGUCCGCCGCUGCUGCGCACGCCGCCCUCUUGACUCCGCCGUCCGCCUCGUCGUCGUCGUCGCUGCUCUCCUCGCCGCCCGCCUUCACUCUCUCCGACACCUCCCCCUCCCUCUCCUCCCCCUACUCGCCCGCCCUCUCCGCCAGCUCGCGCACCUCCUCCCCGCGCACGCUGCUCAGAGGCGCGGGCAGCAGCGGCGGGGGGUCCUCCGCGCGGCAGCUGGGGCGGUCGUUGCUGGGGCAGAGGCAGGGGGUGGCGGAGGAGGAGGACGGGGAGGAGAUGGGCGCAUCCGCCGCCCUCGUGCCCGCGCCCUCGUUGUCGUCGCCCUCCUUCGCCCCCACCGCCUCCCUCUCCCCCGUCCUCCCCUCGUCCGUCCCCGCCUCCCCCACCCUCCCCGAAGGCGACUUGCUGCCGCCUGCCGUGCUGCCGCUGUGCGCCGCGCCAGACGCGUGCGAGUGCCGGCAGUGCGGGGGGAAGCAGCGACACGCGCAAGGGCAGGGGCAGGCGCAGGGGUGCGGGGCGCAGGGCGAGCAGCAGCUGCUGGCGGAGCCGAUGAUUCUGCGGAACAAGCCGCCCAGGUGGCACGAGCAGCUGCAGUGCUGGUGUCUCAACUUCCGAGGGCGAGUGACGGUGGCGUCGGUGAAGAACUUCCAGCUCAUCGAGGGCAAUGCGGGCGGUGCAGUGGACGACGCGGACCGGCCGGUGGUGCUGCAGUUUGGCAAGAUCGGCAAGGACGUGUUCACCAUGGACUACCGCUACCCGCUCUCCGCCUUCCAGGCCUUCGCCAUCUGCCUGAGCAGCUUCGACACCAAGGUGGCCUGCGAGUAACACCAAGGUGGCCUGCGAGUCACCUGCUCCCCGCCCAUGCCCUCACACCUCCCUCCACUCCCCCCAGCCUUCAUUCACCUCCUCACCCAUGGCUUGCCGCCCAUGGCUUGCCACCCAUGGCUUGCUGCCAUUUCAUGGCAUCCCACCGCCGCCUAGUGACUUCCCCAGGUGUAGCAGCAUCAGCUUGGUCCCUCCCCCACUAGGGGGGAUGCAUUCGUUGGUAGAGUGCGCUCGCUGCUCGCGAGAUGCCAUGUGCUGUGCGCCCGCUAGGGUUGGAUUCCUGGCUCCCUGCAACACUGCGGACUAGAUACGAGGGUUGGGGUAGAGAUGUAGGUGCGGCUGCGGCUGGUGUUGGAUUCAUUAGAGCCCCUUCCAGCUAGGACGUGUUGCACCGCCAGCCGCAUCGGCUUAGGUGUCUUGUGUGUGCCUGUCGAGUUUUCUGAGCUGAGUGUGGUGGAGCGUAACUGAGGUGUUGUGUUUCAGACAAGGCAUCUUCUGAACACUGCUGGGAUUAGCACACUCAUAGCCAUCUGUGCCCACAGCUUGCUAGAGAGCGUGUUCCUAGCACCCUGUAUCAACUGAACCUCGUUCCAGCGUUAGGUUCUUCCACGAUAC